AUGGUCCUGCGCUGUCCGGCCCGGGCCGGAGUCGCCGCCGCUACCGCCGCCUCCGCGCUGCCCCACGCAGGCCACCCCCCGGCCUCUCCGAAGGUCUUCCAGAUAAAGAGAGACUUUGUGAAGCACAAAAGGAACCACCGCGAGAGCCAGUCCUGUCAAUACCCGAAGCACAAAAACAAGUCCAGGGAGAAGGUGGAGCUCAGGUGGCUCCGGCCGGUCCCGUGUAAGCAGCCUUUCCGGCGCGGCGCGUGCGAGCAGAGCAGCUGUCUCAGGUGCAGCCUGGCCCUGCACCAGGUGGCUCACCCGGGCCCGUGGCCCUUCCAGUGCCCCAAGUGUGGCAGGGCCUUCCGGUCCAAAGCCGCCCUGAACAAGCAUGCGUGCGGCAGAGGCCCCUCGCGGGAGGCGGCCGCGAGGGCCUACCGGCGGGCACACCGCGGGGAGAAGCCAUUCUCCUGUGACGACUGUGACCGGAAGUUCACCCACCGGAGCAAGCUCACCGAACACGUCCGAGUUCACACGGGGGAGAAGCCCUUCCGGUGACCGCAGUGCCAGAGAAGCUUCCGCCUCAAGAGCAGCCUGCGGGCCCACCUCUGUCGGCACAGCGGGAGGAAGCCCUUCCGGUGCCCAGAGUGCGGUCGGAGCUUCUGCUGGAGGAACACUAUGAAGGCGCAUCAGCGUCUGCACAGCCAGGAGAAGCCCUUCUCCUGCGGGCAGUGCGGCCGGGGAUUCACACGGCCCUCGAAGCUCGCGCGUCACCGCCGCAUCCACGCCAGGCAGACGGCGUUCCCCUGCGAGCGGUGCGGGAGGACCUUCCCCUGGCGCUCGGGGCUCACGCGGCACCUCCAGGUACACACUGAGGAGAAGCCCUUCUGCGCCCAGUGCGGCCGGGGCUUCCACCGCCGUGCGCACGUCGCCGAGCAUCGGCGACUCCACGGCGGGGCCGAGCCCUUCCGGUGCCCCGAGUGCAGCCGGAGCUUCUCCUGGAAGGCCUCCUUGAAUCUGCACCGGCGGCGGCACGCGGGCAAGCGGCCCUUCCCGUGCGGCGAGUGCGGCAAGGCCUACGUUCAGCUGUCCCAGCUCGCCGAGCACGCGAGGGUCCACAGCGGGGAGAAGCCCUUCCGGUGCCCCGAGUGCGACAGGGGCUUCCGGCUCAGAGGGAACCUGAAGAGCCACCUGCUCCAGCACAGCGGCCAGAAGCCCUUCUCCUGUGCGACGUGUGGCCGAAGCUUCGCUCAGCGGUACAGGCUCACGGAGCACAUACGCGUCCACAGCGGCGAGAAGCCCGUCCGGUGCCCCGAGUGCGGCAAGAGCUUCCUCCAGAAGAGAAGUCUGGAGACCCAUCUGCACCGUCACCGCGGGGAGAGGCCUUUUUCUUGUGCUGAGUGUGGAAGGGGCUUCACCUACCUGGGGGCGCUCAACACCCACAUUGCUGUGCACGCCAGGGAGCAGCCCUUCAGUCUCGAGGUCACUCCACUCAAAGUAGUGACAGCUCUGCGGUGGGACCACUGGCUCUGUUGGCUCUGGCUGAGGCAGGACGGAAAAUUCAGCCAACAUGCUUCAGCCACACUGGCCAGCACGGAGCAGGCGGCCGUGAGGGCUCCUUGA